AUGUUGUUGUCAUUUUAUUUACAUAUUGUUUUACUGAUCUCAUUUACAAUAUUUUCAUUUGUGGCUGUAUCUUUUAUCCAACGCAUUCGUACAGAAAAUAAUUUAUCAUCAUUGACACCGUCCGCAUCAGUUCAUGAUGCUCAAAUAGAAUUGCAUAGUGUUGCCAAUGGCACAAAUAAAAGUCCUUCGAAUGCAUCAGUUGCGCGAAUCGAUGAAAGCAAUCUGCGUGAAAACAUUUUUGGCUCUCCUAAAGCAAAAAAUCCAAUCUUAGAUCGUUUAACAUUUAUUAAUCCGCCAAAUACAGUUUGUAUUUAUCCAAAUAAUAUGGAAAAUUAUAUGAUUUUUAUUGUUUUAUCGCGUGCAUUUAAUUUUGAUUUUCGUCAAGCUAUUCGUGGUACAUGGGGCCGUAGUGAAAAAUAUAAAGGUUAUAAUACUACUAUAAAAACAAUUUUUUUUGUUGGAAUUGACGAUAGUGUUCAAUCAGCUGUACGACUUGAACAAGCAAGAUUUAAUGAUGUUAUUGAAAUUGCUAUACCAGAAAGUUAUGCCUUCGUUGCUCAUAAGGAACUUGCAUCUUUAUUGUGGACACGUCUUUAUUGUCCAUUAGCUCGUAUUUUAUUUCGUGCCGACGACGAUAUAUUAAUGGAUACAUUUUUAUUAUUAAAUUUUAUCAAAGAUGAUUUAAAUCUCAAUGUUAAAGAUGGUUUAUAUGGAUGGUUCAGAUUUAAUAAUACAGUUCAUCGUGGAGAUCGAUGGGCUGUAACAAAAAUGGAAUAUAAACCGAAUACAUAUCCUCCAUAUACAUUUGGUGUAGGCUAUCUUUUUUCUAAUUUUUCAUGUCAACGUUUAGUAAAUGCAGCCAAUCAACCAAAUCAUCAAAUAGUGCGUAUAGGCGAUGCUUAUAUAACUGGUAUUUUACGUGAUUUAGCAGAAAUACCAUUUUAUGAUUUUAAAGAUCUUAAAUUUUCUUAUACAUUUUAUAAUCCAAUUCCAUGUGAUGAAUAUUUCAUGAACAAUCCACAGUUAUUAAUAUGCAUGUCAAAAUUACAUACUGGAAUGCGUGAUGAUCCAUUGGAGUUCUACGAUGUUUGGGAUGCUAUUUUAACUAAAUAUGAAAAAUCGUUAUCGGAUAUUUUUGAUUAA